AUGACUCAUACAGGAGUUAAUAUAACUGUUAUAGGAUCAGAAAAAAGAAGAAUAACUAAUCCUGGUAUACCGAUCAGUUGGACUGGUAUCAAUACUGCUGUAACAGCAUCUGGAAUAACUAUUGAAUUUCAUAAUGGUCUUAGUUUUCCGAUUCAAUUAGUUGUAACACAAAAUCACGUCGCACCUCGACAUAUAGCUACAAUUCAAAGGGGUAAAUUUUUUUCAUAUCAUUGCCCACAAGGAUUUGCUGGAAACUUUAAACAUGGUUGGGCUGGUAAAGGUAUAACACUAUUCGAAAUAUCCGUUCGAACACAUGAUGCGAACACUUAUUAUGAUUUAAGUGUCAUCGAUGGUUUCAAUGUACCGAUGAAAGUUUAUGCUCCAGAUGGAACAAGAAUUCAAGCUUUACACUCCCGGGCACCAGAUGCUUAUCUAUAUCCGACAGAUGAUAGCAAAACACAUGGCUUACGUGGAGAUGGGAAAUUCGUGGUUGUCUUUGAAUGGUAAAUGAUCGGACAAAAUUUUUUUCGAUAUGAAAAUCAAAAUUUUGCUCUUUGAUAAGGAUAGACUUAUGUGCUUGAUUAAUGCUUGAUGUGGAAUCUUUCUAUGUAUUUAUUUUGAGUUAUUUGUUCAUCACUCUAUCCUAGAAAUUAUAUUUAACUACCAAUACUGCUAAUCAUUUUCUAUCAUACACGAUAUUAUUUUGUUAGCGUUAGAUGCCUGCUUUGUUGUGAAAAAGCCAACGAGAUAUGUUGGAAUCCAUAAUAUGUACACGAUAUGCUUAUUUUGUAAACUCAUAUUGUAAUAUUCAUAAGUAGGACGAUUGCAUCUACUGAAAUAUGUAGCCUUCAGUAGUUUCGAAAACGCAUCUGAAAAGAGAUGCGAAUGUUGUGUUGCAAGAGACAGUUACUGAAAUGGCGCAUUAAUUAAUUCAACUUCAAUACAAACAAUCUGAAAAGAAAAAGUACACUUCAAAUAAAAUAAUCUAUGCUAGUUCACAAAUUUUCACUACCUACUUCAACUUUUGGUAUUUGCUGAUCACAACAAGGCUGAGGUGGAGAAAGCAGAUGUUUCAAUGUCCAGCAGAGCCUCCAUAAUAGGCUGCUCACAUUUCUAAUAAAUAAUAUUUAUUAGUGCUAGAUCAUAUGUGCUGUCCUAAAAGGUCGCUGGGUAACUACCGAAUGAUCUUUCGUGCCUACAUUACUAAUGUCGAAUUUUUUUUAAAGUACCAACGACUAUUUUUUGAAUAACUUUUCAACGGUUCAAGUUAUAGAGGUCGGAUUUUCACCGUUAGAAAGAGCAAGGCGGGGGACGUCGAUCUCUAUAAAAUUCAUUAGGUUUAUGAGUCUUUUCUAUGGUUGUUUGUAGUCAAAUAUCUAAUCGGUUGUCUACUUUCAUGAGUUUCCAUAACAAAUUAACAGGUAAUUAGACCAAAAUGUAGCCAAAAUCGUCCUGUAUUUGUCCUAAAAUUUUCAAAUGUUUGCGUCUUAUUCUUGAGUUCAUUUCCUUACGCUUUGGUGUUAAAAUGUAAAAAUUUUAUUACAAAUACAGGACGAUUUUGGCUACAUUUUGAUCUAAUUAGAUGUUAAUUUGUUAUGAAAACUCAUGAAUAUAGACAACCGAUUAGAUAUGUGACUACAAACAACCAUAGAAAAGACUCAUAAACCUAAUGAAUUUUAUAGAGAUCGAUGUUCCCCGCCUUGCUCUUCCUAACGGUGAAAAUCCGACCUCUAUAACUUGAACCGUUGAAAAGUUAUUCAAGAAAUAGUCGUUGGUACUUUAAAAAAAAUUCGACAUUAGUUCAGUCCUGAAGUAAAAGUUUCGAAGUAAUUUGAAAAUCUUUGGGCAGAUUUAUCGAUAUCAGUCGGUGAUCGGCUACUGAAGGCAUGAUGACAAUCUACAGACAAUAAAAAGCGUUCAUUCUCAGACGUACACAACGAUAGUUCACAACUUUCUGCUGUGUUAUUCUUCUUUCAAUAAUGGUAUCUGUAUUGGUUCUUUGAUUUAAUUGUGAGUAAUUUUGCCAUCAUAUUUUUAGUGAGAUCAUUUCCUUCUCCUCAUGAUGUUGUCUCAUACUCAAAGUCAACUCGAAGCAUGUGUGGGUAUGGUUGUCUUACGUUUUAAGCGUAGUUAUCAUGGGUUUUGCGUGUAGUUGUCUAAUAUUUUGGGUGGGGGUGUCUUGUGUUUCAAUGUGGGUGUGAUUGUCUCGUGCUUUGUGCAUGGGUAUGGAGUUGGGAGUGUGGGGUGUGAGUGCUAUUGUCUUCUGUUCUGGGUAUAAAUGUGAGUCGUGUGUGGCUGUGAUUGUCUUGUAUUUUGGGCGUAGGUGUCUUGCGACUUAGAUGAAAUUUUCUGGUGUUGUCGGUGUUGGUGUGGAUGUGGGUGUGAAUGUGGGUGUGGGUGUGGCUCUUGUCUUCUUUCACACUCACACCCACACCCCACACCCACACCCACAUCCACACCUACACUCACAACCACAUCCCCACCCCACACCCACGCCCCACACUCCUACCCACAUCCACACCCACACCCACACUUACACCGACACCCAUACCGACACCACCACACCCGCCCACAUCCACACUCACACCCACACCGCACAUCCCACCCCCACACCGACACCCAUACCCAUACCCACACCCACACCCUUCUUAAACAUUUCUAUCGAAAAAUCUUUUAUCAUUAGUAUAUUUCUGAAUAAGAUAAUCAUUUAUGUCAACAUAUCAUUCUACAGUGAAAACCUCAAUCUGUUGCCGUUUAGUAAAUUCUGGCGUCUGGCGUUAGUAUCCUUUUGGUAUUUUGUGAGUGUACAGUAUUAUCUUUCACUAGGAUUUCAAAUCACUUUAACUAUUCAUAUCUAAGAAAUAAUCAUUGUUGCAUGGCGAACACAAAAGAUAAAAACACUCAUCAUAACG